ACCUGUUUCAUAAAUGCAACGCUAUAAUCUAGUUAUAGAUUCAAAUAAAAACAGGGCGGGGUACCCACAUACUUUUAAAAUGUAAAGGUCAAUUCUAACAACAGCGUUCGAGAGCUAGCUAACUGAAUCGAAAGUCAGUAGAAGUGUAGAAAAUGCAUUUACUGUUUUUCCCGUUCUUUAUUGGGUCAACCCUGCUGACCAUCUGCACCGCAUCCGACAUUAAUUCACAAGUAGCUACACAAUUCGGUCUCGACCCUCACUACCACCCCAUUCUCUCACUCUACCACUCCCAAGACAAGCUGGGUCACUAUGUUUAUGGAUACGCAACGCCUACUGUUGUGAAAAGCGAAAUUUCGGAUAAGGGAGUAACAAGGGGCGGGUACUCAUAUAUAGAUAUAAAUGGACAACUCCAAACAGUUGAAUAUAUGGUAGAUCCCAUUCACGGAUUUAGAGUUGCCGCAACCAACUUACCUCAAGAUGAUCCUGACGUAGCUGCAGCCAAAGCACAACAUAUUGCAGAAUACGCAGCGAUCAAAGCAAAUAAUGAGAAACUUGCAGCCGCUACCGUGGCCUAUUCUAAUCCUGUUGCUGUUCCGAUUGGCGCCGUUCCAGAUAUUUUGCUGCAUCAAGAACUCCCACAACCAGUAACUGACCUCCCCGAAGUAGUAAAAGCCCGCAGUGAACAUCUAGCCGUUCUCAAUGCAGCGUACGCAAGUACACCAGUAUUACCUGUUCCUCCACGACCAGUUCAAGAUUUACCCGAAGUCAUCAAAGCGAGAGCAGAACAUCUGGCAGAGGUAGAAAGAAUCAAACUCAGAAAUGAAGCCCUUGCCAAACAAAUAAGUGUAGGCUAUGUUCCCGAAAUUGGUGAUGGAGCCGUUGUUCCAGUAAAAACUGUAAUUAAUUCCUAUGUAGCACCGGCUCACGCAGUGGCUCAAACUGCUCAGUAUUCUUACAAUCCAGUUGACUUUGCUCACAACGACAAAAAUAACUAUUUGGGAAAAUAUUCAUAUGGAUAUGUAGGACCCCACAGUUCCCACUCGGAAUCGAGAUCCGAAGAUGGAGUUACUAGAGGAGGAUAUUCUUACAUCGAUGCUAAUGGUAUAUUACAAACAGUACACUACAUAGCAGAUGCUGAACAUGGUUUCAGGGUAGCUGCUUCAAAUAUACCAGUAGAUCCUUACCACGCUAAAAGAACAGUUUAUAGAAGAUAAAAUUUAUAUAGUAAUUUUGGCAACAAGUGCACAAGGUAGUACAUACGUGCUUCGGUUUAAAACAUGUUCUAGGUUAGAUGCAUCUCUAUCAUUCCAGGCAUCUUUCUCUAUGCCGCAAUCUCUCAAAUCUACCCCUACUCAGCUUCUCCAACUUCAUCUGCGUUUUACGAAUUUUUUUCUUUCAUCUGGUUCCCAUACCAUAAUUUACUUGUAAAAUCUUGUAUAUGUUAUUUGGUCUACAUCAGGGGUGUCCAACUUGCAAUGCCUCAAGGGCCAAAACUAAAACCUUUGAUGUUGUCGCGGGCCAUAUAAUAAUUUUGUUACAAGUAAUAACAAAAUAAACUGAGGUAUAAAAAUAAUUAAAACAAAAAAGAGUAUUAUUUCUUUUAUUGCUUAACAACUAAAUUUUUUUAUAAACGGAAAAUUUAUUGAUAACACUUUUCAAUAAUCAAGACAAACAUUGCAAAAUCAGCGAAAAAGAUGUAUCCAAUUAGUGUGAGGACUGUGGUCCAUCGGCUACAUCCACCAAUGAAGAAAUGUCCACCUCCAGUUCAGUUGUAGACAGUCUCAAAAGAUGACGUAAGGAAGAAUCGGUAAGGUUGCUUCUGUUUUUGUUUUUUAUGUAUUUCAUGGAGGAAAAGGCACUUUCACAUGUAUGUGUGCUUCCGAACAUUGACGUCAUUUUCAGUCCUAAAUCUCGCAGGUUUGGGAAUUUCUCCUUUGACAGUAAUUUGAAAAAUUCAGGUCCCUUUUCUUCUCUGGUGAUUAGGAACAUGUCUGCUUGAAGAUCACAUAACUCAAGCUGUAAGUUGGGUGGUUGAUCAUCAAUGGUUGCUCCAAGAGGGUUAUUAUAAAGUAGUACACUGCUUUUGAGACUUUCAAUUUCUUCAAAUCUUGUAUUGAAUUCAUCAAUAACUUGUUCAAUUUGUGAAAUGCAGGAUGAAAGCUCAAUAUUUUCCUCACCGUUGAAUUCUUCUGGUAUUUGCAGACAGCUAGGGAAGUGUGUCAGGUUGUUCUUUUCCAAAGCACGUUUAAACACGUUCAGCUUAUUCCGGAAUCCGUUUAUCAUUCCGAUCAAAUCUGAAACCGUCUGGUUUCUUCCUUGAAGACUCAAGUUUAACAUGUUAAGAUGAUUAGUCAGAUCUGUUAUAAAAGCUAACUGUCUUAAGAAUUCUGGAUCCUUAAACUUCUCUUCCAGUUCAGUUGUGUGAGAUGAAACGUAUUUGUUGAGGAAUGCAGGGAUUUCCUUUCUUAUGGCAAAAAAUCGUUCCAUGCACUUUCCUGCACUCAGCCACCUUACAUGGUUGUACAUUAGCAAGUCUCCAUACUCAGCCUCUGUUUCCACUAAAAACUGCUUAAGUUGUCUGUGUAAAAGAGAUCGAUUUCCACCUCUAAUCAUAUUUAUAAUCUUAAUCACGGUUUGGAAAACUUGAUCUUCCUUGACUGAUUUUCCACAUAAAGCUCCCUGAUUAUAAUAGAAUGAAUUACUGGGCAAGUGAGACCAUUCUCUCGAAGCAGACCCACUAAUCCAAUUUUUUUACCUGUCAUUGAUGGGGCCCCGUCUGUUGCUAUGGCUGAACAUUUAUCAAAACCUCCAAUUCUGUCAACUGUUUUCUUCACAGCCUCAUAGAUGUCUUUUCCUUUUGUUGUUCCAUAAAGAGGACAAAUAUCAAAUAACUCCUCUUUACUGGUAAAAUCAUCAAAAGUAGUGCGCACAAAUAUUAACAGCUGACUAACAUCGGUUUGAUCAGUGCUUUCAUCCAAACAAAGUGAGAAAUAUGAACUUUUCUUAACCAGGCUAAGCAUAGAUUUUUCUACUUGCUCACCCAUAGCAACAAUCCUUCUUUGUAUGGUUUGAUGUGAAAGUGGCACUGAUUCAAAUUUCUCCGCCAUUUUAGAAUAACCGAAAGCUUUGGCCAUUUCAACAGCACAUUUUUUUAUCAAAUUGCCAUCAGCGAAAGGUUUUUUUGCCUUUGCCAGCUCAACCGACACGGCAUAAGAUGCAUGCAAAGAAUGCGUUUGAGAGUGUAAUAUUUUACUGAACAUACCAGUUUGCUGUUUAAGCUAUUUCUUCAAAUCUGCAACUAGGGCACGCCGACUUUCAUUUGUGUACGUAGCAUACUUAUUUUCAUGCACUGUUGUGUAAUGUCUUCUCACAUUAUAUUCUUUAGGCACUGAAACGACAUUCAUGCACACUAAGCACUGCAACUUUCCAUUACUGUUAGCAAUCAAGUAAUCACUCUCCCAACUUUCUUUGUAAAUUCUGUUCUCACUAUCAAUUUUCCGUUUUACUGGUUUUACACUCAUUAUUGUAUAAGAGGAAUCAAGACAAAGAAUUAAUCAAGUUCACUGUUCACUAGCAACGUAAUAGAUUAGCCGACUAGCCUACGUGUCAGUAGCACACUGGCACGAUGGUGGCUGGCGACGGAUGGUAAGCAGUGGGAGGUGUGGCCUGCGUGAACUGUGAUGCGCGGUAAUCAGUGCAGUUCUCAUAGUGGUGGAGGACGAAUGUGUUCGUUACACGUCCGCGAAACGGCACGCGGUACAGUACUUGUGAUGUAAAAACACUGCUAAACCAUAAAAUAUAAAUUAAAAAAUAUUUUUUCACAGUGGCAGCAUUUAAAGAAAAUAUAUGCUUUUCGAAAAUCUUACGUGGGCCACAACAAAUAGCCUCGCGGGCCGGAUGCCGCCCGCGGGCCGUCAGUUGGACAACCCUGGUCUACAUGGUCAAACCAUAUUCUAUUAUUUAUUUUUUAUUUUAUCGGUUACUGUGUGUUUUAAUUUCAUAAUCUAUUUGAUUCUUUUUUAUCCUAUUCAUCGUUGUCACAAUCUUUAUUAAUGUCAUAAUGAUCAUCAUUUGGCUCUACAACUCUAUGUGAGUCUUGGCCGCGUUUAAUAUUUCCCUCCAUUGUUGUCGGUCCUGAGCAGCUAUUUCCCAUUGCUGUACUCCCAUUUUGCGUAGAUCAUUGGCUACUGCGUCCUUCCACCUCUUUCUUGGGCAACCAACUGACCUUCUGCCAUCGGGCCUUUCCCAGAAUUUGGCGUUCAGAAGUCUAAAUGUCAUAAUGUCUACAAAUAAAUACUGAUGUAAUUCACAAUGAUGGCUAAUUUCUUUUCUAUAACCUCGGUCUGUGAAAAAGUGGUCUACUGUGGAACUUCCUGCUUUAAAUCUCGCCUUUUCUUUUGCUUUUUUAUUAUUUUCUAUCUCCUAAAUAGUCCUAUAACUACCCAUCAUCAAAUAGUUGUUUUUCCUCCUAGAUAGAGUUCCUGCAGUUUCUUUCCUAUGCUAGUUUUUUUUGAGCGAUGAUUUUAGCGAUUUUUUAUGUAUUUUAUAUCUUCAUUAUAUCAAUAGCACUUUAUAUUUUCGUGUUGCCCCAGGAAUUCCUGUACAGUUAAUAUAUAUACACUUGUUUAAAUAUUUUGGUAGUUUACUUUCAUGCUAUAAAAUGUAUUUUUUUCUGAAACCUCUCAUCUACUCAUCUACUGUACAACCAACUAACACUUUCUUCUUCUACAAACCUCAGCUCUUAUUUCUACGCGUCUAGCUUUUCUUCCUGUUCAUCAUCUGUAAUAGUCUUAACGUUUUUUCUUAUACAGGCAUAUUUAUAUUUGAUAAUAUAUCCUUUUUCUGUUAUUUAACUUAAACUUUUCUCCAGGCUUAAGACUGGCUAAUGUAGGUUGAAUCAGUGCGGCAAUUCCGUGAAUAAAAAAGAAACCUUAUGUAUUUGUUGCACCCAAUAUUUUUUAUUAAAUAAUAAAUAUUAUUGUAUUAUUGUAAUUGUAUUGUGUACUGUAUUGUAAUAAAUAUUAUUGUAUUAUUA